GGGGGACAAAUAUGUAAGUUGAGGGGACCCUCCCCCCAUAUUAUUUGGGGAAUAAGCCAAAAGGGCUAUCUCCCUCACCCCACAACUGAUACAUCUCGGCCAGCCUACUCAAAGAGGAGAAAGAAGGUCUGCAAACUUCAUUGUUAUCAUCCAUACACGCACCAAGAACAAAGGAGGAAGAAGGAGGGGAAAAGAGAAGAGGAAAAGUUGGUUUUGGAGAGGAAAACUUGUGUUUAGCAAGUAACUUGUCUAAGGUAUUCAAGGAACUUUCACGGAGUUGAAAAGGUCGCCGGAGUUGUCGCCGGAGUUCGUUGAAGUUCGCCGGAGUUUCGUCGGAGCUAAAUCGGGAAGGCUGGAACUUCAUAAGCUUCAUUAAGCUUGUCAGAUUGAUCACUUAUAUUGCGUAGGAGACUUUGACUGAAUGGGUUCUAAGAAGAAGAAUAGGAACCAGGCUGGGAAGGAAAAACGACCAAUCCAGCAGUACAACUACAACGUGCCUGCUCGGAACCUGCCAAAGAGUGAUCUAGGAGCUGUCAUUUUUGGCUGUAAAAGCCACACAAUUGACGAAUGCUUUUCCAAGCUAUUAUUUGGGCUACCAUUUGGACAUUUUGCCUAUGUCAAGAAGGUUAGUGCUGGCAUGCCACUUUUUCUUUUUAACUACAGUGAUCGGAAGCUUCUGGGCACAUUUGAGGCUGCUGGCCCGGGAAAACUAAAUAUUGACCCAUAUGCAUGGACUAAUGGGGUUGACGGCGAAACAGACUUUCCUGCACAGGUCAAUAUUAAAAUGUUCGAGAGCUGCUAUUCCUUGAAGGAAGACCAGUUUUACCCCAUCAUUGCUGAUAACUAUUAUGACCAGUCAUGCCUUUUUUGGUUUGAGAUGGACCAUUCUCAAACAGAAAAGAUGAUCAACUUGUUUUCAUCUUCAGCUCAGUCUUAUGCUCGUCCUUCUCAUCACCAUAGACCUACGGCUACACUUGAAGCUGGUUGUUCUAUUCUGCGAAACCGUUAUAAUGCUCCUUUGCCUUAUGACGGAGGUCCAAAUUCACCCUUGCCAGAGGAUUACAAUGGGGGAGAAUGGGAAUCUUGCUCUUCUCCUCCAAUAAGCAAAAGUGAACACCAUGAGGCAUGCAGAGAGAAUAUUGAUCAGGGAGAAAAAGAAAGUAAUUAUUCAUUUAUUGAGGGUCCUGGAGUCUAUUCUGGGGAAUGGGAGGGAGAGGCAGAUAAUGUUGGAAGAUUUAAAGCGCCAUUUGUUGAAGCUCCUGAGGAUAUUCUAUCAAUGCUGAUGCAAGAGGUUCAACUACUGAAAGAGAAGCAAAUUAAACAAGAAGAGAGAAUUCAGGCUCUUGAGAAGGAACUGACAUCGAAGCGUGCAAGCAAACAACGGUGUUCAUAAAGUUGAAGCCAUCAAUUCAUAAAGAAGACCGGCAAUAUUUAAAGAUUGUGUAUAGGUCUCCGAGAGUGACUGAUUUUAAUGAAUGCGGCUAACGACAGUACUAUGAAGAUAGCUCUCUAGUAGUGUCUCCUUUGAUUGUUCUAGGAAUCGGAUAUCUUUUAGAGUGGAGAUUUCAGUUGUGUUUGUUCAAUGUAUAUUUUUUUAGAGGGGAGAAUUGGAUAUUGUUCCUUUUCGGCUGUUCUUUAAAAGCCCCAUCCGGUUUGCGAAAAAAUCGAUUAAUAAUGUGCUUUGAGUUCUGACUGUGACUAAAAUGAUAAGUUUAAAUACAUAAA